CAAAAAGUAAAGGUGGGUUAGCUUUGUAUUUUAGGUCUCUCUCAUACAGAUUGUUGCAUUGGCCCUUGUUAGUGGCUGAUAUUACACCUUUACCUAUCACCGAUGAAGGAAUAACAUUUCAGUCUAUUUUGCUUUUUUAUCACUUGGCUUGUCCCAUGUCCCUCAACUGGAUCAACAACCUCAUUCGUCUGAUGACUUUAGUCUAGAAAAGAGAAACUUGACUGGGACUUCCUGGAUUCCAUCUUGUUUUUCCUGUGAAAUGAGCUGAUAAUGGGGCUGUCAGAUUACUAGCAAGGACCACCAGCUUUGCUUAUUGAAAAGUAUUUAAUGAGAGUGGGAGUCUUCACUUAAAACAGUUGAAUGGCGCGGUGCUACUGUCACUGGCGGAGGGUGUUAUUCUUCGUGUGCACACCAUGCAUCUCCCUGGCCCUGCUGUUCGUCUACAUUACCGCCAUGUUGUUCGCGGCCAUGAAUGAAACAUCAACGUCGGGGACCGCGGUCCGCGGCCUGGACGCGGUUUACUUCGUUGCCUCGGGAAGCUCCUCGAAAACCUUCUGGGAUCUCCACCUGCACGGGGACGCCUUUUGGAACCGUCUCCAGCGGACCCUUGACAACCAUUUUAACCCCAUCCUGUGCCCCAACAACACCAAGAGGGGAUUUGAAAAUGGUACGUUUAAUGAGUCCCUACUGACGCAAGGUUUCUCUAAAGUUAUCAACUUGGAAAGCACAAGUAGAAACUUGGACCAGCUACCACAGCAGAUCCAGGAGUUUAUAACCCACAUGCAAAGGAGAGACUACCCAGCCCUCCUCCAGCCAGAUGGAGUGUGUGGAGCUGGGAGAAAGGAAGAGAAGGAGGCUCCUCUGCUUCUCCUGGCCAUCAAGUCAACAGAGCAGAAUUUUCUGAACCGGCAGGCUAUCCGACAGACCUGGGGCCAGGCAGGAUGGGUAGCAGGACCGAAGAGGAAAGGAAACGGAGGAGAAGGUGGAGGAUACGUCCGUAGGGUGUUCCUGCUAGGCAGAGGAAGUACUGAGGAACUGGGUGGGAAUGCAUUGCAGAUGGAGAGUGAACAGUAUGGAGACAUUCUGCAGUGGGACUUCAAGGACACGUUUUUCAACCUCACCUUAAAAGAUGUGCUCUUCUGGAGCUGGUUCAAAGACUCAUGCAGUCGGACUCGCUUCGUCUUUAAGGGGGACGACGACGUCUUCGUCAACACGCCCAAACUCAUGAGCUACCUCCGGGACCAGCUAAAGAAGCCACACAAGACACUACGAGACUUCAUGGUUGGAGAUGUCAUAGCUGCAGCUGUGCCGAACCGAUUCAACGAGUCCAAGUACUUCAUCCCAGACAGUUUCUACAAGGGCUUGUAUCCUAUGUAUGCAGGAGGGGGAGGGGUGGUGUACUCAGGACUGUUGGCCAAACGCCUACACGACAUCUCAAAAAGGCUUUACCUGUUCCCCAUCGACGACGUUUACGUGGGGAUGUGCAUGGUUCGUCUCAACGCUCAUCCUGUCCACCACGACGCCUUCCUCACGUUCGACUUUCCUAACAAGGAAGAGGAGGAGCUGUGUUCCUAUCACACAAUCCUACUGGUCCACAAACGAAGACCCGACGAGGUGGUCAAACUGUGGGUCCACGUGAAAAAGACACAGGCCCAGUGUUGGGGCGUGGCCCUGAGAGUACCUCUAUCAAACGAUACCGCAACAGUCUGAUGUUCAGAGAGCAAAGAGGUGACACUGUAUUAACUGCACGGUAUUUAUUAAAAGUGCCCUGCCACAUAAAACCAUUUUUUUGUUGCAUUUUUUGAAAUAUCUUAGGUCCAUGUGUGAAAAUGAACUGCUAAAAUGUUACAGAGUCCAUGGUAGAACUUCAGAUAUUGCCACAAAGUAAUGAAAUACGUGUGACAGGGCACCUUUAACUUCAGGGGUCCAUGUUUUGGGGCUAUACUUAACCCUCGUGUUGUCCUCGGGUCAAAUUGAACCUAUAUUUAUAUUUUCCCAUAUUAAUGUUCUUUUUAAUUACCCAAAAUAACAUGAUUGUUUCCACGCAACGCUCUUUGGCGAGUGCAAAUUUUCUUCUUUUAUUAAUUAUUCUUAUUCAAUU